UCUUCAAUAAAAUCAUAUAUAUCCAAAGUAAUCCCUAACUUUCUUUCUAAAAAUAUUUCUCUCUUUCAAUGGCAGAAGAAGAACUUCAAGAAUCAGACGUUAUAUUUUCCGACGAUUAUUUCAUAAACAGCAACAAGAAUAACAACAACGAAAACAACAAAAGAAAGAAACCAACGACGGUGAAAAAGUCAUCUCCGGUAACAAUUCCAUCGAGAACUACAUUCCGGUGGCCGGAAGUUGAAGAGGAGGAGGAUGAGAGUGAAAUGACGCCGCCACAUGUCAUCAUCCGAAAACGAAGAAUGGAGGAGCAAAUGGCGUUUUCGUUUAGUACCCUUAAAGGAAGAGACCUGAGUCGUCACCGUAUCUCGGUUCUUAGGAUGACCGGUUUUUUGGAAGCUUAAUUGAUCAUAAAAUACAGCCGAACUGGUCUGGUGAAGGUUUAUAAAUGAACCAAUGUAUGACGAUAUUAAUUUUUUCGCAAUUAUUGCUAAAAGAAAAGUUCAAUAUAGGGAAUAAUUUCCCAUAUUUUACCAGUUAAGAUAUUAACAAUAAUAAUUAUUUAUGUUAAAUUA